CUGCGCCGAGGCCGUGGCCCUGGCCGAGGGGCUUCAGCUGGGGCAGGCGGAGCACGAGACGCUCCAGGUCACAGUGCAUGUCAAGGUCGAGGAGGUGUCGUCAGACAAGAUGCAGCCCACUGGGGCAUUGCAGGACCCUCGUGGCUGCUGGCUGGAGCAACCAAAGGGCCAUCCUGCAGACAGGCCUCUGGAGGAGGCAGGUCAGAGGGAAAUUUCAGGACCCCAGGACCAGCUGCCUUAUGUUCUCCAAGACGAGCCUCUGCCCCACCAGGAGACAGAUUCCCCCAACACCAAGGAGACCUGGGACUGGUCAGCAGGUGAAAGCUCAUCAGGCUGGUGCCCUGGACAAGGCCCUUCCCCAGUGGCAGCAGGUGCCGACACCCUGAGCAGAGCUGAUCAGCAGCCUCCUAAGGAAGGGCCUGUGAACCUGGAGUUGAAGAAGGAUUCCCCAGGGAGACUGGGAGAGAGGGGCUCCCUGACACCUGAGCCGGGCCAAGUGCAGAAGGGGCAGGGCAGACCGUCAAAGCCAGGGGAGAGCUUGGAGCUCCAGGAGGUGUUUGAGGACGUGGCUGUGUGUUUCACCCGGAAGGAGUGGGAGCUGCUGGAAGAUGACGACAAGGUGCUUUACCGGGACCAGAUGCUGAAGAAUUACCAAGCCCUCGCUUCCCUGGGAUAUCGAGGUCCCACGCCUGACUUAAUCUGCCGCAUCCAGCAAGGAGAAGUGGAGCUCUGGGUGUGUGAGGAUGAGGACGGUGGGGAAAUCCCAAGGUCGGAGGACCUGCUGCCAGGAGGUGCCUGGCUGCUGAGCGGAGCUGAGGAGCAGACUCCUGCGGGAGGGCCUGCAGACCUGGAGCCACCAUGGACUUCCCCAGGGGGUUUGGGGAAGAUGGACUCCCUAAGACCUGAGAAGGACAAAUGGCACCAGAGUCAGGGGAGGCCUCAAAAGGAAAAAGAAAAUGUAGCAGUUAAUCAGGCACCAUCUGAAGUUGGAUGUGAGAGUGGAAAAGGGACAGACCCCAAAAAGAGCCCUGGGUGCAGGGAAAAAAUUGUGGAUCAUCCCUCCAACCUGGCCAGACACAAGUGCAUGCACACAAGGGAGAAGCCACAUCAGUGCUCUGAGUGUGGGAAGAGUUUCACCCAGUCUUUCAACCUUGCCCAGCACCAGCGCAUCCACAGAGGGGAGAAGCCACAUCGGUGCUCUGAGUGUGGGAAGAGAUUCACCCGCUCCUCCCACCUGUCCCAGCACCAGCGCAUCCACAGAGGGGAGAGGCCACAUCAGUGCCCUGAAUGUGGGAAGAGCUUCACCUACUCCUCUGGCCUGGCCCAGCACCUGCGCAUCCACACAGGGGAGAAGCCACAUCAGUGCUCUGAGUGUGUAAAAAGCUUCACCUCCUCCUCCAGCCUGGCCCGGCACCAGUUUAUCCACACAGGGGAGAAGCCACAUCAGUGCUUGGAGUGUGGAAAAAGCUUUACCCGCUUCUCCCGCCUGGCUGAGCACCAGCGCAUUCACAGGCAGGAAAAUCCACAUCAGUGCUCUGUGUGUGGGAAGAGCUUCACCCAGUCCUCCACCCUGGCCCUGCACCAGCGCAUCCAUACAGGGGAAAAGCCACAUCAGUGCGCUGUGUGUGGGAAAAGCUUCAUCCACUCCUCCAGCCUGACCCGGCACCGACGCAUCCACACAUGAGAGCAUCCAUAAUUCUGGCAGCAAUACACGAAGGGCUUGGGGAUGUCUGCUUUGCUCACCACCCACCAGUGGCUGCAAGCAGCCUCAUGCUGGUAUACUGCAGAAAGAGUUUACCAAGCCUUUGGCCCUUGUAGGGCAUAAUAGUGUCAUCUGGGGUUGUUAGACAGGAGCUGGACUGUUCUCAGUGGUGACAGAUGACAGAACAAGGAGCAGUCAUCUCAAGUUGCAGCAAGGGAGGUUUAGGUUAGAUAUUAGGAAAAAACUUUCUUACUAGGAAGGUGGUGAAG